AGUUGAUAGUAAAUAAGUCUUAUAAGAUAAUUACAAUAUGCUCUCUUUCAUAUUAAAAUUUAACUACUAUAAGACAAAACUGAUUGAUCAGGGAAAAGUGCAAUUAUUAUUAAGAGCAUCAAGAAGCAUAUCCACAAAAUGGAAUGAAGAAUAUCAAUAUAUUGAAAGAAGUAAGACUCCAACAUUGCAUUUUCAACCAUCUCUACCACGUUUACCUAUUCCAAAAUUAGAGGACACAUGCAAGAGGUAUUUAAAUGCACAGAGACCAUUGUUAUCUAAAGAACAGCUAGAAAAAACUACAACUUAUGUUGAUCAAUUUCUGACUAAAGAAGGUGUUAAGUUGCAAAAAGAACUUAUUGAGAAUGAUGCUAGAAAUCGUCAUACUAGUUAUAUUAGUGAACCUUGGUUUGAUAUGUAUCUCAGGGACCGUAAAUCUUUACCAAUCAAUUAUAAUCCCUUCUUAGUUCUUGAACCAGCAAAUAAUGCAAAAUAUAACAUGCAAUUAGUAAAAGCUACAAAUCUUGUUAUAUCAUCACUAAGAUUCAUGAAGUCAUUAAAAGAAAAUGUUCUACGACCAGAGAUAUUUUAUUUAAAACCUGAAACAUCUAGCAGUAACACAUUUCAUACAGUUACAAGAUUACUACCACCUCAAUUCAGUUGGUAUGGAGCUUACUUAUUUAAGGCUUUUCCAUUGGAUAUGUCACAAUAUCACAACUUAUUUAAUACAACAAGAUUACCAAAACCAGAGAAAGAUGAAAUUUAUGAAAAUACAUCUGGAAAACAUAUAAUUGUAAUGAGAAAAGGACACUUCUAUUGUGUUGAUGUAAUGGAUGAAAAUGGUUAUAUUCAGGAACCAAAUGCAAUAGCAGAUUGUCUAAAGUAUAUUUUAGAAGAAAACUUAUCAGACAGUGAAAGCCCUAUUGGAGUACUUACAACAUUAAAUCGUGAUUUAUGGGCUAAUACGAGAAUGCAUUUAUCACAAAUUGGUAAUCAAGAAGUUCUACAAAAAAUAGACUCUGCUAUAUUUAUGAUGAUACUAGAUGAUUUGCUUAUUGGUACUGACUAUAACAAGUUGAUUGGAACAUAUCUUCAUUCUGGUGGAACAAACAGGUGGUUUGAUAAGUCAUUUUCUUUAAUUGUUACAAAGGAUGGAUUUGCUGGAAUAAAUUUUGAACAUUCUUGGGGAGAUGGAGUAGCUGUCUUAAGAUUUCUUAAGGAUGUAAAUGAUGAUAUAACAAAACAGCCAAAAUUCUGUCCUGACGAUAUUCAGCAUCUUGGGACAGGAACAAUGAAGGUCAAGAAACUUGAAUUUGUUAUAGAUGAUAAAAUACAAACUGCUGUUAAUUCACAAAAGACAAAGUUUCAAGAAUGGUCCAGAGAAUUAAGUAUUGAUCAUAUGAUAUUUAAUGAAUUUGGUAAAAAUAAAUGUAAACAAUUUGGUGUAAGUCCCGAUGCAAUUAUGCAGUUGGCAUUUCAGUUAGCUUUAUACUAUCAAACAAACUGUGCAGUACCGACGUAUGAAUCUUGUAGUACGGCUGCAUUCAAACAUGGUCGAACAGAAACUCUUAGGUCCUGUACAAUGGAAACAAAAAAAACUUGUGAAGUUAUAGCUCAGAAGAAUGGCAACUUAUCCAUGUCCGAAUUAAAACAUUUAAUAAUUAAUUGUAGUAACGUUCAUAAUAAACUCUCUAAAGAAGCUGUUAUGGGACAGGGAUUUGAUAGACAUUUAUUUGCAUUAAAAAAAAUUUGGGAACAUUCAAACACUCCAAAACCAGCUAUUUUUGAGGAUCCAGCAUAUGAUAAUAUAAACAAUAACAUUUUAUCUACUUCGACUCUUUCGGAUCCAGCUAUAUAUUGUGGCGGUUUUGGACCUGUAGUAAAUAAUGGAUAUGGAAUCGGAUACAUGAUUCAAGACGAAAGAUUGGGAGCUAUUGUAACAAGUUAUAAAAGUAAUUGCAACGCGAACGAAUAUGUAAAAUGUUUGGAGAAGGCAUUUGAAAAUAUUCAUCAGGUUAUGGCCUAUGGAAAAUAA